UCCACACCACACACAGAGUGACGCUUCGUUUGAUUUUCAUAGAAACAGAGGGGACCCAAUACCCAUCUGUUACUCACUCUUCUCCAUUGGUACUACCAAACUUCAAAAUGCCCCCAUUCCCCAAUACACCACAAAAACAAAGCUAAAACAAGAACAAGAUUCUUCGAUUUCAGAUUUUGAAGCAGAACCAAAAGAUCCCAUUUCUUGCAAAACAGAGCAACAGUAAUCACCUAGUUUCAUAAACCCAAAACAUGCCUUCAGGUGCCAAGAAGCGAAAAGCUGCUAAGAAAAAGAAGCAGGUUCAAGCAAUAGAACCUCCUUCCCGCAGUACCGGUUCUUUUCCUGGUGAGGAGGAUCUGAAGCGUGAUGAUAAAGAGAGUGAUAGUGAGGGUAGUUCCCCUGCAUCUCAAGAUUAUCAGAAUCACCAAAACCAGUUUACUGAAGGAGAGGUUGAAGAUGGAGAGAAGCAAUUGGAUGAUUCACAUGAUCGGUCAAUUGAAGAGAAUGAAUUCAAUGGGGUGAAACAAGAAGGCAAGGAAGUGGAGAUUGUCGGAAAUGAAGAAGGAGGUCUUGUUCAGGUUGAAAGGGAAUUGAAGGUUGAGUGUGAAUCUGAGAGCCAGAAGAUAAGUGCUGAGAAUGCUGAAACCAUGAUUGAAUCUAACCGAGGAGGGUUGCAAAGGAGUUCCAGUAGCAGCAGCAGCAGCAGCUCAGUAGAAAAAUAUGAUGUUGCUUAUAAGAAUGAUGUUGUGGUUGAUGAUGCUCCAACUGUUGAAUUAGUGAAAGAUAUUGAAUCUUUGCCUGGUAAGAAUAGUAUUGUGGUUGAUGAUGCUCCAGUUGUUGAAUUAGUGAAAGAUAUUGAAUCUUUGCUUGAUAAGAAUAGUAUUGUGGUUGAUGAUGCUCCAGCUGUUGAAUUAGUGAAAGAUAAUGAAUCUUUGCCUGAUGAACAAGUUGCUGAUAUCCUUGUGGGAACAACCUCUGCAUGUGAUUUGGAUAAGGCUGCAAUAUCAGAAGACAUAGUUCAAGUCACAACAAGUGCUUCAGAUGCUGAUAAUGUGAUCGCAUCUGCUGUUGAACCGGUGGUGAAGGAAAAAGGGGAAGAAAAUCUGUGUGUCGUGGAUGAGAAAGAUACAGCUUCAGAUACUGUUGUGGAAAAUUGGAAGGAAAAUUUGGGUGCUAUAGUUGACAAAGCCACUAUUUCAGAAGUUCUGAUGGAGACAGGAUCAGAGAAAAGAGAUGAAACAGCUACUGCAACGUCAUGCGAUGCUAGUGCAAUAUCAAGUGGUAAUACUUUAGAAAAUACAGAUGCAAAGGCUUCUGCGACCCUAGAAAAUGAAGAAAAAAUAGAGGCACCCCACAGUGCUCCUAAAAUUGAUGCUGUUUCUGCAGAUGUGAAAGAAUCUCCAGCUCGAGAAUGCCAUGACCAUCAGUUAACAGCGUUACCUUCACGACCAGUGCAAACAACUUCCUGGAAGAGUUGCUGUGGCUUGUUUGAGUUGUUUGCAGGAUCAAAUAGAUGAAUUGAGAAUAAGAGCAUGAAAGUUGGUUGAAUGGAGUAGCAACCUUUGGAAUUCUAGAAGUUGAUGACUGCCUUCAUUCUCUUGAACAGUGUCUUUGCAAGGGGUCUUGUUAUAGAAACUUAUAUGUUCAGUACUUCUAGUUUAGUUUGAAAAAGCAGCUGAGAACUUCUCGUCUCGUUGCUGCUUUCCUGGUAUUUUGCAGUGGUUAGUUUCUUUUCUCGUAUGUUCUAUUGGUGUGAUGUACCUGCCCCUCAGGGAGUUGGAAGAGCCUUUCUUAAUGUUUUUGCACAGGACACUUGGAAUUGUUAUUCAUCCAAAAUUUCACCAGCAUAUAGUUAUAUCCUUUGGGUUCAGACAUAAGCUUCAAAGCUUUGUUAUUAAUAGUCACUCCUUUUACUUCUCUUCA